AAAUUGGUCUCGUGCUGCGCGAUUCACAGCUACUUAUUUUUAACAUUGUUAUAUCAAGUAAAUAAAAACAGAAGAAUUAAAUAUUACGUCGAUGUUUUGUUACAUGUUUUGGUACGAUUUUUCGUUUUUGUAAAUAAAAUGGCUAAAAGAAAUUACGAUAACGCUUUUAUGGAAACUAAAAUUAAAGCAAAUGAUACCGGGCGUCAAACUAAUAAAAAACACACGUUAGAUAGCGAUGAAGAAGACGAUGAAAUCGAUGAAGACAACGUUUUACAAGCUGAUGACAUUGAAGGUGAAGAAGAAGGUAUAGCAAGAUUAGAUGGAGAACAAAAACUAACCGCAUUCAAUAUGAAUGAAGAAAUGGAAGAAGGACAUUUCGAUAGAGACGGUCACUUUAUUUGGAACAACGAAAAAGAAAUAAGAGAUAGUUGGUUGGACAAUAUAGAUUGGGAAAAAAUAAAAGCUAAUGCUGGUAGUGAUAAAAAAUAUAACCUCUACGAAAAAGGUUUAGGUUCGGAAAGUGAUACGGAAAGCGAAGACGACCAAUUCGACGAAAUAAAAGCAUACAAAAAAAUGUUGAAAUACAUGAAACCAAAAGAAACCGUGAAUAAAUCUCUAAAAAGAUUAGGAGGUGCCGAUAUGAAAUUAUCGAGCGUGGAAAGGCUGAAACGUAAAAAAGCGGGUACUUUAAUCGAUUCCAAAGACGUGACUGAUUUAACAGAAAUAGCAAACGAAAUAUUGACGAAACAAGGUAACAUGGACGUGUACCAAGAAACCUACGAGCAGAUCCACUCCAAAAUCGCUCGAAGCGAAAAGAAACCCACCAAAGAACCAGAAUUGGACAUGUAUGCGGACGAUUUCGACGAAAAAGAAAAAGCGAAAAUAGAGGAGGAAACUACGAGUAGUAAAAGUAACGAAUUGACGUGGGAGUUUAAAUGGAAAAUAGAAGACGAAGAAACCCACGGUCCGUUUACCACUUCGCAAAUGGUAAAAUGGAACCAAGAAAAUUAUUUUAAAAGCGGGGUGAUGGUUAGAAAGUGCGGGGAAAACACUAAUUUUUAUUCAUUAGAAAGAAUAGAUUUCGAAUUGUAUGAAUAAUUUUGUUAUUAUUUGAUAAAUUUGAAAAUUUAUUUAAUUGGAUUUCAAUUUUCAUUAUAACAAUUGUUUUGUAAUAUAUUUUACUUUUUGCGGUGUCUUAAAA